AUGCCUUACCCGAAGAUAGAAGACUUCAUAAACACUCCAUUCGAUUUCGUCAUUGUCGGCGGCGGCACAGCAGGGCUGGUCCUCGCGGCGCGCCUUUCUGAAAAAGAGAGCAUCAGCGUUGCAGUCAUUGAAGCAGGUAUCUCGCGUUUGGGGGAUCCAAAAGUAGACCUACCAACGGGAGCAGCCUUGAUGCUGGGCAAUGAAGACUAUGACUGGAAUUUUCGAAGCAUUUCUCAGACGGCGAGCAAAGACAGAGUAUAUCAUGUUCCGCGGGGGAAAGUGCUUGGGGGCUCAAGUGGCAUCAAUUUUAUGGCCUAUGGACGACCUUAUGCAGCAGACAUAGACGACUGGUCCGAGAAACUUGGAAUAUCUGGCUGGUUAUGGGACGACUUGCUGCCGUAUCUGAAACGAAGCCAGAAGUUAGAAGUUGACCUGCCAAAUAUAAAAGAGCGGGAUGUUGACAUUUUUCCUUUUGAGGUAGAGUCUCAAGGCACUGCUGGAGCUAUCCACACUUCGGCGAGCCCGUGGCACGUCCCAUUUGAAAACGAAAUUUUACCUGUGUUGGAUAAGAUUUCAGGGUAUGCUCGACCAAAGGAUCCAUAUUGUGGAAGCCACAUUGGUUUCUACCGGUCUUUAUGGGCAAUCGACCGCAGCGACAAACCAAUUCGAAGCUAUGCCGCAAGCGGGUACUUGGCUCCUAUUACCGAGCGUCCGAAUUUGAAGAUCUUCGCGAACACUGUGGCCUGCAAAUUUCUGACAGAGACCAAGGACAAUGGAAAGUUAGCCGCAACAGGCGUCGAAGUUCAACACAAUGGAGCUCGCUAUGUCAUUAAGGCCAAACGUGAGGUAAUUCUCAGUGCUGGAUCCUUUCAAAGCCCUCAGCUCCUUGAGCAGUCUGGUAUCGGGGACCCGGAUAUUCUACACCAGCUCGGCAUUCCGUGUGUUCUUGAGAAUCUGAAUGUGGGAAACAACCUGCAAGAAAAAUUACUAUCAGCUGUGGUUUACGAGCUGGCUCCUGGAAUUAUGUCUCUGGACUCUUUCCUUCGAGAUCCUGAGCUUCGCGCAGAGCAUCAAAAGCUUUAUGCGGAAUCCCACUCAGGAGCACUGUCUGGGUGCAUUAAUCUCACGGGCUUUUUACCAUACUCGUCUCUUGUCAGGAAGAAUGACAUUGAUUCCACCAUGGACAGCAUACUGAACCAAGAAAUCGCCAGUGGCUCACCACAGUCACGGGCUCAGAAUGCCCCUUUCCAACAUCGCCAGCGAGAAGCUAUUGCCGAACGGAUGAGGAGUCAGAACUCUGCAGACAUCCAGUUUAUUUGCACUCCGGCCAAUUUCGACACUGCUAGCGGCUAUCAAAACCUCGCCAAACUUAGUCCCGGGUCUCCAGCUGGGUAUAACUCCUGCUACUCUAUCGUAGUAAGCCAGAUGUAUCCCAACUCCCGCGGAAGUGUGCACAGCAGAUCAACAAAUCCACUCGAUGCACCCACGAUUGACCUAGGCUUCUUGUCGCAUCCAGCCGACGUGGACGUCAUGGCGGCUGGCAUCCAAUUCGCCGAUCGUGUCCUUUCCUCUGACGCACUCAAAGGAAUGGUCGGAAGAAGAGUGGACCCUCCACCUAGCGUCGAUCUACAGGACAAAGAGCAAGCCAGGGACUUUGCACGAGACCACGUUGUAACAUAUCAUCACUCUCUAGGAACGUGCGCCAUGGGCCAGGUGGUGGACGAGCGGCUGCGGGUGAAAGGAGUGCAAGACCUUCGUGUGGUCGAUGCUAGUGUUAUGCCGAUGCAGGUUAGCGCAGCUAUCAUGGCGACUGUGUAUGCUGUUGCGGAGAAGGGGGCAGACAUGAUACUCGCGGAUCAUGAAUCAGUCAGGUUGUGAGAGAGAAAGAUUGGUUUGGUGUUAUUCCAUUGUACAUAGGUAUGUAGAGAAAAAGUAAAUAUCCAU